GUGUUUCAAUAUCCACGACAAUAAUGACGAACAUGUUGCGGCUGAAUGUCCAUAUGAGGAACCUGUUGAUUUUUUAAGAGACGGAUUCAAGUUCCCAGCAUAUUUUAAUGAAAAAAAUUAUUUGAUAGACGAUGACGAAACAUCCGAAGUUGGCAGCACUAAAACCAAAUAA